ACAUAUCAAUACCUUGGAAUACAAACCGAAAGUAGAGCUGUCUUUAUUCUGAGAAUCGUAUACCUGUCCUGACAUAUACGUGGCUUAUAGAUGCGGACACAUUUAAAGAAUGAUUGGAAUAUAGAACUAAGAACCUACAUAUAAAGAUGGGGAGGAGUUUAGGAACUGAGCACAUGCGACCAUCAGAAUUAAGGUUUACACAUGACAGUGUGAGCUGCAAAUUUUCUGAUGGGCACACUCUUGAUGAAACAUUUCGACAAUUACUGAAUGACGAGGUCCGGAUCGUCAGAGGUGAGAUACCACCAUUGGUUGCCAUGAAUUACUGUGGACAUUGGUUUGUUGUCAGAGGUAACCGCAGACUUUAUCUUCUUCAAAAACUAGAAGAGAUCGGGAAAUUGCAAAGAGUUCAAGUAGUUAAACGUGAAUUUGAAGAAAAUGUGUUUAAUAAACAAUUUUCAACAAAGAAUAUGGGACAUUCUAUUCGGAUACGAGGCGACCCAUUUAUAGAGGAAAAACUACGUCGAUGUAUCAAUGACUGGAGGCAGCCAAGAAUACGCCCCUCCAGCAGCGCUUCGAUGCACAUGUACAGGUCAGACAGAAGUUCCUUCUAUUCCACAGCGGAUUAUAGCCCCCCUUUGAGAGCCUCAUCCGUCAGAAGCUAUACACCGCCACCCAGGCCUCCCUCCCCGGAACAAAACUACCUGGGCUGCUGCUGUAAAUGUGUGAAAGCUGUGAUCAUCCUGGUUUUGAUUCUGUGGGUUACACUGACCUUAUUGUACUGGUAUGAGAAGAGGGAAAUCGAAUACCGGCAUAGACAUUACGGAAAACAUUGGUAUCAAUGACGGGAAUUGGAAAUCCAGACUACCUGGGCUGCUGCAGUAAAUGUGUGAAAGCUGUGGGCUACACUGACCUUACUGCACUGGUAUGAGAAGAGGGAAAUCGAAUACCGGCAUAGACAUUACGGAAAACAUUGGUAUCAAUGACGGGAAUUGGAAAUCCAGGUUAACAUCUCUUUAAUUUACCUUUUCCUGCGGGUUUGAAAGCAAGCUCUGAAAUUUCUGAAAUUUUUAUGAUUUGAUGUCACUGCCUAGCAUGUAUAAGUUCAUUACUGAUGUACUUACUUUCUUUAGACUAAUAGGGAAUAGCAUGCCGUUGGGCAUAUGAAUACUGAAAAUUCAUUUGAAGAGCGGAUAAUGUCUUUAUAUCAUCUUUGUUGUUCCGAUAAAGAAAUCCUCUUUCAAGUUAUAGUAAUGAUAUAUAACACCUAUCAAUUACCAAAACCUUUUUAACGCCAAAAUGUCAACAGAAUGAUAAUCUGAACUAAAACGCAAUAAAACAAGGUAAUAUAUAUAUAUAUAACUAGGCAUGGUUUGAUAUUAUAAUAAAGUACACCAAUUCUGAAAGGCUUAAAAAUGCCCUUAUGUUUCUGAUGAUUGUGAAUUUACUGUGUGGUGUAUAUGUAUAUACCACGAUUACUAAUUGGUAUAAAUUGAAUAGAUGUCGUAUAUACUGUUUACUAUUUAGCAUUGAAUAUUUGAUAUUUAUUUCAUCAUAUCACUAAAAAUUAUGCGUUUAAUAGAGUGGCAAUUUCAAUAAAAAAUUAAAAUGUGAUUGUUGAAAAAGGCUUUAGAUCGUCAAAAUCUAAAAUUUGUGCACCGACUUCUGCCAAAAAAGUAAACACCACAACUGCCUCUAAGCGCCAAACUCAAUUGCUCAGAAGACCAAAAUUCUUGAUGAUUAACUCUAAACUCUAACUCUAAAAUUUGAUUGCGCCAAAACUAGUAUCUUCUCAGCAAAAGGUUUUAAAAUUUAAAAGUCAGAAAAUAUAGGAAGACGUAUUGUAACCCGAUCUACUAUUGUAAACCAGUUAUACUAGCUGGUGCCUCAGCUAUUGUUCCACACUCUAGAGUUACAAUAAUGGAGGAUGUCGAUCUCUUUUAAACGCUGAUGUGUAACUGGCACACAGAAAGAUAAUGACUUGGUCAUAUCAUCUGCUCUUUUCUCGCUCUUAAAGGUAAUGACUUCACUGGGUAUAUUAUUGUUUAUAGUGCGUAUUUCAAAAUUUACAUGAUGAAUAAGUAAGACAACAACUCUUCAUAAUAUUAUUUAUUAACAUGUGUCUCAUCAUCUGUAAGUAUAUAUGUGUGUGAAACAUUACUUGAUCAAACAAGACAAUUAUUUCGCACCAUGUUAACAGGUUUAGUGAAUCUACAUAAGUGGGUAUAUACCCACCAGGUUUGGAAGUCAAAGACACAACUCCUCUGCAUCAGUCACAUAUAUUAAAUCUUUUCCUACAACGACACCAAAAUGGACAACUUUCCACCAAUCUGUAUGACAAACAUGAUGAUUUCUAUUUUUCUAAUAAAAACGCUCCAUUUCUGGAUAGCAGCAACCCUGCCUCCCCAACCUAUGGUGUUUACAUUUCGCAGAUGAUUCGAUAUUCAAUGGCCUUUCCCAUUAUUUUUCGUGCAAGAAGUCGUCAAUUGACGGAUAAACUCGUUAAACAGUGUUUCAGUGCAGAUUGAUGAAAAUUAUUGGGAAGUUUUUAAGGUCGUCAUAGUGAGCUCAUUGAUACAAAAUGUAUUUCUUUGUGUGAUGUGAAGCUGGACUUGUUUGAUGCUCAUUAGUCUUGAUUCCAUUUUUGUAUACUUUGUUCUUAUUCAACUCGACGUUAUCUACUUGACUAUGAUUUAAAUGGCGAGCGUCGUCGAUGUAGCAAAAGACGUUUACCCUUCCGGAACACAUGGUCUUAUUAUCCUAGUACUUUGAGAGGAGUCUCCGUGUAAAUCUUAUAUUAUGUUUUGCCCUAGGUUUAUGGAAUUUGAAUUUUGAUUAUAAUUAUGUUUACAUGUUGGUAUUUUAGUAUCUUUCACGAAUACGUAGCAGGAGUGUAAGAUACAAAACUAUUAGACACUCGAGUGAAUAAUAUUUGUUGUCAUUAAAGACACUAUUAAAUAUGAUAUCUAUCACAUUUUCACAAGCAAAAUAGCCAAGUCACUGGCAUAUCUAGGACUGAUGUAAAAGGACGAAGCUGGCGCAGACAUUAUUCGCUCAUUAUCACUUCGCAGUACGCAACAAAAUAUAGUCCGACCUAUUUCAAAUUAAUGAAAACAUAUGCAUACGAAAAUGUUUUGAUGUAAAUUCAUUUUUCUGUUCACACAAAAAUGUUACUUAUUCAUACCAUUAACAGACAGGAUUUGCUGAAAACGUUGAGAAAUAUUUUAGCCUUUGAAAAUCUAUUACGCGAAUGAAAAUAUGGCGGCAACCUAGCUGUGGCUGUUCAUGGCGCGAUCCGUCACUGGCUAAAUGUAAUAACUAACUGUGUUACACGAAUCAUAAACAUUCGUCUAAACACAGACCUUGAGCUCAAUGUAAAGGAACAAUGGAGACACACAGAACAAAAGACCAUUGAUAUAGUCAGGACAUUAUUUCAAUAGACAAUAUAUAUUAUAUGUACAGAGCGUUUGCUAUAGACAGAGUAUACAGCCUUCAGUAACUAUAAACAAUUCAAAGUACUAUGUAAAAAUGAAAUACUCCAUGUUCCAUAUAUUCUGGCGGCUGUAUCGGACAAGUAGCGCGGCAACAUGAUGAUCACGAUUUACAUUUUUUGCUUUUUACCUACUUCCUAAAAUAAAACCUUUCUAAAAACGAGCAUCAGCAAAAAGCUUGAUACUGAUUUUUUACUUCAUAAAGGCUUACAUUCUUAACUUGUUUGCAAAACAUAGAAUAGUAAGUUAUGUUUAUCGCAAUAGUACAUGGUAAAAAGUCAUCAAGUUUUAAAUGACUAGUAACUUCUACCAUUCACGAUGCUGCCAAGUAUAGUUUGUAACAGACAUGAAAAUUGUCUUAUUAUAAAUUCAUUUUCAAUAUACAAUAUUUUACAACAGUUAUA